AUGGAAAGCCCACAGUGGAAGUCGCGGAAUUCAUCGUUCAGCAAAGAGCAACCGCCUGCGCCCGCGACGGUGUACCAGCAGGAUCUCAGUACUUGGAAGACAACGACCAUCACCGUCCAGAGUAUCGAUAGCGGAUUGCUCAAUGGCAAACGAGCUUGGCUUGUUUGUCUGACGUUGCAAUUCUCUUGUCCACACAACGAUCGCUUCAAGAAGGCCAAUAUCAUGCUUCGAUUUGAGCCAACCGAGCCAGGCCUUGCAAGUAUUGCUGUAGUGAAGCGAUGGGCACCGCAGUUUCUUACCGGGAGACGAACAACAUCGUCGGUCGAGUGGACCUUUGAAGGGUCGCUCACAGCAGGUGUCGACAUGCCAGGCAGCACCGUGAACGCCAGUGCAUUUCUGAGCCGCACGGAGUCGACAGUCAAGGAACAUUCCUGCAGUAUCCUGAGCGAUACAUGGAAGUCACCGCAGCUUGUCGAGCCCAACGCUGUACGCUUCUACAUUCACGAGAACGAACAAUCCAGAGGGGGUAUCCCGAAUCGACUCAAUGCUGUGCUUGUCAUCCAGUCGGAUGUGGCAUGUCGGGGAAGAGCAACUGUCGAGACGAACGGCAUCAAAGCCAUGUACGCGCGAGAGUUGGCGCAUUUGGUCUGGACUCUACGGAAUUACGCUCCUCGGAAGAUGAUAUAG